AUGGACCACCUGACCUGCUUCCUGCCGGGUGCGUUGGGCCUCGACGUCUUCCACCACAGCCUGGAGGUCUUGGGCGGGGUCUCCGUGCAGCCCCAUUUGCUGUCGAAGGACAGGGCGGUGGAGCUCACUUUGGCGCACAGGCUGACGCAAUCCUGUGUCCACAUGUACUUCCGCACGGGCUCGGAUCUCGCCCCGGAGAUCACCCGCUUCAGCAGCCAGGGCCUCCGCGACGACCACGGCUCCAUGCACAACAUCCUCCGCCCGGAGACGGUGGAGAGCUUGUACGUCAUGUGGCGCAGCACCAAGCUGCAGAUCUACCGGAACUGGGGCCAGCGGCUGCUCUCGGCCUUCUACCGCCAGAAGACCACCUUCGGCUUUGCGGGGCUGCACAAUGUGAACACUCCGUCUUCCAAGCGGGACGACAUGCCUUCGUUCUUCAUGGCCGAGACACUGAAGUACUUCUUCUUGCUCUUCUCUGCGGACUCGGUGCUGCCGCUGGACCAUUUCGUGCUGAGCACGGAGGCACAUCCGCUUCCCAUGCUGCGGACGUUGGCGGCCUUGGGGGCUAAGCCCUGGCCUUGCGAUAGCAAUGCGACGAGCCUGCCUCCGGAGAGGCCCUCAAAACCGGCGGCAACACCUCAGCGGGUUCCUCGCGAAGUCCAAAGCGGGCCUUCGGAGGAGUUGGUGGCGGCACUGCAGGUGCUCGGACAGCUCAUGGAAGGACCAAAAGUGCCCGCGCCGCGCGCGGACGAGCGGCCUGGAUUUUGGUUGCGCCGGGUUUGGAGCGAUGCGGGGGAGACGGGGGAGACGGGGAGUCCGGUGGCCUUCCUUACAAAGUUGCAGGAGGCCGGGCUGAGCCCCCCGCUGCGGAAGGUCUUUGGAAGGGCCACCGGCCCAUCCCUCGGAGGCGGUCAAGCGAUGGCCACUGGCCGCAGGCUGCAGAGGACGGGCCGGGGCGAAACUGGAACCUCGCAAGAGGCGGAGACCGUGUUCCUGGACCUUCAGCUCUGCUUCAACGUCUCGGUGGAGCUGACGGCGCUCGAGCGCUUCGGCUUUCGCUCGGCCGUGUUUGGGCUUUUCGUCGAAGAUGUGGAGCCCUUGCGCGCUGGGCGCUUCAAUUUGCCGAACGCCCGGAUCGCUUGUUGCAACGAACUUCGCGUCCGGAUCGCUUAUUUUAAGCCGUUGGAGGGGCGCCCUUGGUAA